AUGGGUCAAGGGGCGAGCGGACUACCGGGAGCACCCGGAGGACCGCCUGGGGGGCCGGGGGGCGACAAGAAGGAUGAGAAGAAGAAGAAGAAGUUCGAGCCCCGGCCACCGAUGAGGACUGGCAAGAAGAAGAGGAAGAAAGGGCCGUCGGUAGCGGUACGGACUCCCCAAGUCUUCCCGACGGCGAAGUGUCGACUACGCCUCCUCAAGCUGGAGCGGAUCAAGGACUUUUUGAUGCUGGAGAAGGAGUACAUUCGGAACCAGGAGGUUUUCAAGCCUCGUGAGGAGAAGGAUCAGGAGGAGCGGCAAAAGGUGGACGACCUUCGCGGAUCCCCCCUGUCCGUGGGGACCCUGGAGGAGAUGAUCGAUGACAACCACGCCAUCGUGUCGUCUUCAGUGGGGCCGGAGUACUACGUGAACGUGAUGAGCUUCGUCAACCAGGACCUGCUUGAGCCCGGGAGCUCGGUGCUCCUCCACAACAAGGUGAUGUCAGUGGUGGGGAUCCUUGGGGACGACGCGGACCCCAUGGUGUCAGUGAUGAAGGUCGACAAGGCACCGCUAGAGACGUACGCCGACAUCGGGGGGUUGGAGUCUCAGAUCCAGGAGAUCAAGGAGGCUGUGGAGCUGCCCCUGACGCACCCGGAGCUGUACGAGGAUAUCGGCAUCAAGCCGCCCAAAGGCGUUAUCCUGUACGGUGAGCCGGGGACAGGGAAGACGCUUCUCGCGAAGGCUGUGGCCAAUCAGACGAGCGCAACAUUCCUUCGCGUCGUGGGCUCCGAGCUCAUCCAAAAGUACCUCGGAGACGGUCCGAAGCUAGUCCGUGAACUGUUCCGUGUGGCGGAUGAAAUGUCACCGACGUUGGUGUUCAUCGACGAGAUCGAUGCGGUAGGAUCGAAGCGGUACGACUCCAACUCCGGCGGGACCCGCGAAAUCCAGCGCACAAUGCUCGAGCUCCUCAACCAGCUGGAUGGUUUCGAUGAAAGGGGAGACGUGAAGGUGAUCAUGGCAACAAACAAGAUCGAGUCUCUCGACCCAGCCCUCAUUCGACCCGGGCGAAUCGACCGCAAGAUCGAGUUCCCGCUGCCCGACAUCAAAACCAAGCGGCGCAUCUUCGGCAUUCACACGGGGCGCAUGACUCUGGCGGACGAUGUAGACCUGGAGAUUUUCAUCAUGGCCAAGGACGAGCUAUCGGGGGCGGACAUCAAGGCUAUCUGCACCGAGUCGGGGCUGCUGGCACUCAGAGAACGGCGAAUGAAGGUGACCAUGGACGACUUCACGAAGGCCAAGGAGAAGGCGUUGUACCGCAAGAAGGGGAACGUUCCGGAGGGUCUGUACCUUUAAAUGGCGGAGGAGAGAGUACUACUGUACCCUAAAAAGGAAUGCAACAACGACGUUCUGUGCCUGUAGACGACGAGGAGCAGAGAAAACUGUACUCUCAAACGGAACAUAGCGUUGUACCUUUAAAGGGGGCCGAGGAGAUAGAACUGUACCCUCAAGAGGAACACAGCAUUGAAGUACCUUUUAAGGGGACGGAGAAGAGAGAACAGUACCCUCGAGAGGAACAUAACGUUGAAGUACCUUUGAAGGAUACGGAGGAGAGAGAACAGUACCCUCGAGAGGAACAUAACGUUGUACCUUUACAUUGCACGGAAGAUGAGAGAGAACUACCCUCAAGAGGAACACGACGUUGUACCUUUACAGUGCAAGGAUGAGGAGAGAGAAGACCCAAAAGUGAAGAACGAGGAGGCCUUUUUACACUUGGGCGACAAAAAAAGCCUUCUCUCGUUUUGAGGCUGCCUCGUAGCGUGCACCCACAGGAGAAGGCCUUGUGCAGUGAGGACGGAGAGGCCGGCAAUCUGUAGAUAUGUAUCUGCAGAUGAACCGGGAGCAGCUUGACCCUGGGGAGGGGCCUGUUUUGUUUCAUGUCUGGCACAUCACAGUUGAACCCCAUGUCGGAGAGGGCGAAAAUUACCAGAGCUCUAGAUGUCGCGCGCCCUGUUCGUACAAUAUCCCUCUCGUUCUGUGCUCGAGGUCGUACACGCAGUGUGCAGUCGAGGCACAGCUCCAAAAAAUGAAAAGUUUUUUGUCUGCUUCCUUGAUGGUUCGCGGUACAAUAUGCUUGUCUGCUUUGCGGGGGGAGCUGAUUUGACUUGACCAUGGCUCUUGG